AGGACAAGGAGAAGCUAACAGAAAAGGAAAAAGAAGAAAUCUUCGAAGAGUUUGCUGAAGAAGAUGAUGGCAAAAGAGGGUUUGGAAUGGGUGCAUACGACCCCCUCUCAGCUGGCUUCACAGACAAGCGUUUCGGCGGGAAAGGGGCCUUCGACCCUCUCUCAGCUGGCUUCACAGACAAGCGUUUCGGCGGCAGUAGAGGAGCCUUCGACCCUCUCUCAGCCGGCUUCACAGACAAGCGUUUCGGAGGGAAAGGGGCCUUCGACCCUCUCUCAGCUGGUUUCACAGACAAGCGUUUUGGCGGCAGUAGGGGAGCCUUCGACCCUCUCUCAGCUGGCUUCACAGACAAGCGUUUCGGAGGGAAAGGGGCCUUCGACCCGCUCUCAGCUGGCUUCACAGACAAGCGAUUUGGCGGCAGUCGAGGAGCGUUCGACCCUCUCUCAGCUGGCUUCACAGACAAGCGUUUCGGCGGGAAAGGGGCCUUCGACCCUCUCUCAGCUGGCUUCACAGACAAGCGUUUUGGCGGAAAGGGGGCCUUCGACCCUCUCUCAGCUGGCUUCACAGACAAGCGUUUCGGUGGCAGUAGAGGAGCCUUCGACCCUCUCUCAGCUGGCUUCACAGACAAGCGUUUCGGUGGCAGUAGAGGAGCCUUCGACCCUCUCUCAGCUGGCUUUACAGACAAGCGUUUCGGUGGCAGUAGAGGAGCCUUCGACCCUCUCUCAGCUGGCUUCACAGACAAGCGUUUCGGUGGCAGUAGAGGAGCCUUCGACCCUCUCUCAGCUGGCUUCACAGACAAGCGUUUCGGCGGAAAAGGGGCCUUCGACCCUCUCUCAGCUGGCUUCACAGACAAGCGUUUUGGUGGCAGCAGGGGAGCCUUCGACCCUCUCUCAGCUGGCUUCACAGACAAGCGUUUUGGCGGGAAAGGGGCCUUCGACCCUCUCUCGGCUGGCUUCACAGACAAGCGUUUUGGCGGGAAAGGAGCCUUCGACCCUCUCUCGGCUGGCUUCACAGACAAGCGUUUCGGCGGCAGUAGGGGAGCCUUCGACCCUCUCUCAGCUGGCUUCACAGACAAGCGUUUCGGCGGGAAAGGGGCCUUCGACCCUCUCUCAGCUGGCUUCACAGACAAGCGAAGCUUUGUACACGGCGAUUUCGACCCUCUUAGCACCGGCUUUGUCGACGGUGAUAAGAGAGCAGGGUUUAUGAACGGAGUUUUUCAUCCACUUGUUGCAAAGCGGGUUCCAGAAAAGAAGGACAAACGAUAGGAUGGCACGCGUAGGUCAAUCUUACCUACAUGAAAACAUGGUCGAACUUUAUACUGAACUUUUAGCUAAACAGACUGGAUACUUUUAGAGCGUGGGUCAUUUUGCAAAGGUCAAAAGUCUUAGGGUCAAAUGAUGCUAUCUGCCAAUUCCUUGGGCACGCAUUGUUGUUGUUUUUAAUUGGGAAAGAAGUAAACUUUACUAUAAGCCUCCAUUAUUCCUUGACGUUGAAAACCCCACCAAAAAACAAGUCUUCUUUGUCACUGCUUGGUGUGUAAAUAGUGUGCAGUUUUCUUGUUAUUUUGUUCAUCCAUAGAUGUUAAAAGUUGUUUCUUCAUGUGUUUCAAGUUAUGAAAAGGGCUAUUUUCAAACGCAAUCUUGCAUUCUGCAUGCCGCACGCAAUCGUAACAUGUUGUGCAAGCACGCAACCCUAACAUUCAUGGUUUCUUGUAUGCGCUUUCUACCGCAAUUUUGCUUACUUCAGGCAUGCUUCUAAAAUAUAUUGCGCAAGCUGCCAAACUAUUAGACAAGUUGCCAAACUAUUAGGCAAGCUGCCAAGUACCCGCACAAUCGACGAAAUCGACUAUUUUGAAACUUAAAGAAACUUUGGAAUCAAGUCCAGCUCAAUUAAAAUGUUGCAUAGCAGAAACCCCUUGUUUGAGCCUAAAAUUUUUAUUUCAACUAAUUUAGGUCAUAGUUCUUUGAUUCUAAACUUCUGCACCUUUGUGUAUCUUUGCCUUCCGCUUACAUGUGAACAGUACCGUGUGCUAAGCCUAAAAGUUGUCUGUUUUUCAGCACCUUGUGUUGCCUUUCUUUACAGUGACGGUGAAAACCUUGUUUUUAAACUUUCAGAGAUCGCCAAUUAAUGCAAAGUCAGUAAAUAAUAUCAAAAUGUUUCUGCGUCAAGGGCAGAAACGGCGAGGCGAAGGUUGCUGGCAAGGCAACAAUUUAGUGCUCAUAAACGCAAC